CUUGCCACAAGAGUCGGGAACAUGGAGGCUGAGUCAGACAAAGGGAAACUUCCGAGCCAACCCGAGCAAGCAAAGGCGAUCACUGUGUUGAGAAGCGGGAAGGAAGUGGACAACAAGGUGAGAAAGCCCGAGCCCGAUGACCCCAAACCAACCGACCAGCCCAAAGAAACCGAGGAGGGCAAGAAGAGCAUAGAAACCAACUCUGUAAAACCGUCAGAGAGUCCCUUACUUCACAAGUCUCCAAACCUUUACAAGCCACGCAUCCCUUUUCCAAGCCGACUUCGAGAUGAGAAACAAGAGCAACAAUUCCGGGAUUUAUACAACAUGCUCUCAAAAGUCAACGUCAACUUACCGCUCCUGGAUGUGAUCAAGAACAUGCCUUCUUACGUGAAGUUCUUCAAGGAUUUGGUCACGAAGAAGAGGAAAUUUGGAGAUGGAGAGAAAGUGGUGGUUUAUGAGGCAGCGA